GUUACUGCUUGGUUCCAAGAUUCUCAUAAGGGUCUUUUCAAAAAUGAUUUAGACAAAGCUGGUGCUGAUCUAGCCUGGAGUGUAGCUGUUUCAAUUUUCGCUGUUGGAGGAAUGUUCGGUGGCCUAAUAUCCGGAUGGUUAGCUGAUAAAGUUGGUCGUCGUGGUGCCCUGCUCUACAAUAACCUUUUUGCCUUCAUUGCCGCAGCUUUGAUGGGUUUAGCCAAGCCUUUAGGCGUAUAUCCCAUGAUAAUCCUUGGCAGGCUGUUUAUUGGAUUUUAUUGUGGACUAACAUGUAUCGUGCCUAUGUAUCUUGCUGAAACUUCACCAAUGAAUCUCCGAGGAAUGCUGGGAUCACUCCAUCAAUUUAUUGUGACCAUCGCUAUCCUGGUCUCUCAGGUCAGUCAUUCGGGAACUUUUGCGUUCUACUCCAGAAGAGAAUUCACUUUUGUAAGAACUGUACGAAGACGAGGUUAUUUGGGGCUUAAACAUGAGGAUUUUAUGUAA